CCGAGCGAACUCACUGAGCAACGCGGCCGGGCUAUGACCCCAGGGCCGCUGCUGCUGCUGCUGGGGGCGCUGGGGGCGCCGCUCGCCCCGGGCGCCCGCGGCACGGAGGCGGAGGGCCGGCUCCGCGAGCAGCUUUUCUCGGGCUAUGACAGCUCGGUGCGGCCGGCGCGGGAGGUGGGGGACCGUGUCGGGGUCAGCAUUGGCCUCAGCCUGGCGCAGCUCAUCAGCCUGAACGAGAAGGAUGAGGAGAUGAGCACAAAGGUGUACUUAGACCUGGAGUGGACUGACUACAGGCUGAGCUGGGACCCCGCGGAGCACGACGGCAUCGAUUCACUCCGCAUCACGGCGGGAUCCGUGUGGCUUCCGGACGUGGUGCUCCUAAACAACAACGACGGGAAUUUUGACGUUGCUCUGGACUUGAACGUCGUGGUGUCCUCCAAUGGUUCCGUGCGCUGGCAGCCUCCGGGCCUCUACCGUAGCAGCUGCAGCAUCCAGGUCACCUACUUCCCCUUCGACUGGCAGAACUGCACUAUGGUGUUCAGUUCCUACAGUUAUGACAGCUCCGAGGUCAGCCUGCGGACCGGCUUGGGUCCUGAUAAGCAGGAGCGGCGGGAAGUGCACAUUCACGAAGGGACCUUCAUUGAGAAUGGCCAAUGGGAAAUUAUCCACAAGCCUUCUCGGCUAAUCCAGCCUCCAGCGGAUCCUAGGGGAGGGGGGGGAGGACAGCGGCAAGAAGUCGCCUUCUACCUCAUCAUUCGCCGGAAGCCUCUCUUCUACCUGGUCAAUGUCAUUGCCCCAUGCAUCCUCAUCACUCUCCUGGCCAUCUUCGUCUUCUACCUGCCGCCAGAUGCAGGAGAGAAGAUGGGGCUGUCCAUCUUUGCGCUGCUGACCCUUACCGUGUUCCUGUUGCUGCUGGCAGACAAAGUCCCCGAGACCUCCCUGUCUGUCCCCAUCAUUAUCAAGUACCUCAUGUUUACCAUGGUCCUCGUCACUUUCUCAGUCAUCCUUAGCGUCGUAGUCCUCAACCUGCACCACCGCUCACCCCACACCCACCAAAUGCCCGUUUGGGUCCGCCGGAUCUUCAUCCACAAACUCCCUCUAUACCUGGGUCUGAAGAGGCCCAAACCUGAGAGAGACCUGAUGCCGGAGCCACCUCCUGUAGCCCUCAGGAAUUCUCCAGGAAGUGGCUGGGGUCGGGGAACAGAUGAAUAUUUCAUCCGGAAGCCACCGAACGAUUUUCUCUUCCCCAAACCCAACAGGUUCCAGCCUGAAUUGACCGCCCCGGACCUGCGGCGACUUACCGAUGGUCCAACCCGGGCUGUGGGCCUGCCUCCCGAGCUACGGGAGGCCGUUUCCUCCAUCAGCUACAUCGCUCGGCAGCUGCAGGAGCAGGAGGACCGCGACGCGCUGAAAGAAGACUGGCAGUUUGUGGCCAUGGUAGUGGAUCGCCUUUUCCUGUGGACCUUCAUCAUCUUCACGAGCGUUGGGACCCUCGUCAUCUUCCUGGACGCUUCGUACCACUUGCCCCCUGCCGACCCCUUUCCUUGAGGACAGAGGGCCAAGACGCAGGUCCUCGGCCAGCUGAACUGAGAGUUGGGCAGUGCUGUCAAGGCCUGUGCCUUUCUGCCUCUCGACUCCACUAGGAAUCCAGGCUUCCCAUAUCAUUGCCCUUCUGGGGAGAGCGCCCAAGUGGGACGGGGCCGACUGAAGCCCUGGGCCCCACAAGAAAUGCACUAUCGGUUUAUUUAUUCUUUGGCUUCUUGUAGAAGUUCCUUUGGAUAUCAACACUAGGUUGCCGGUAGAAUGGAACAAAGAAGGAGAAGUAGAUUGUACGCCCUAGGAGGGCAGGAACUGUGUCUCGUUCACUGUAAUACCCCAGUACCUAGCACAGGUCCUGACCUGUAGGAUAGUAGGUGCUUCACAUUUGUUGAGUGAUUAGAGAAUUUUUUUUUUUUCCUGGAAGGAACUAUAUCAGUUAAUAGUGCUUAUGUUUGCAUACUGGGACUAGUGGUCAUUCUCUUUGUUUUUACUUUCCUGUAAUUUAUUGUUUUGUAAUAAGCGUUAUCCUUAGGAUUAAAAAAGAAAAAGUUAUUUCUAAAAGGAUGCAUUUGUAAUGAGGGGGGAAAAGAGCAUUUUAAAAAAACCUUCAUUUAGGUUCCAGCUUUGGUGCUCAAACUUUGGAUAAGGUACUAAGCCGCUCUGGGCUUAAGAUUCCAUGACUGUAAAAUGAAGCUAAGAAUAGUAUCUGUUCCCAAGUCUGAAGGUCACAUGAGAAGAUGGGAGCAAAAGCUCUACACAGUAUACAUCAGAGUUUGCAAACUGGUAUGUUUGUGUGACCUAUGUUGUUGGCCUGUAUAAUUUUUAGUGUGAGUUAGCUACUUUAAAAAUUUGGAUAUUGCACAGAGAAAUUUGGAUUUCUGGCUUCUCUUGGGGAAAAAAAAAAAAUUAAACUACAGUAACACCGGGCCUGAUUCCCCUGUUGGCAGCAACCUGCUAGUGCUGAUGCGUGUGGCGGCCCACCCUGGUCAAGGUGUUUGCACCAGAACUCCUCAAAGCCCCCACCCAGCUGACCAGCUUGGCUCAUUUUACUUGCCUGUUCCUCUGUAACAUUAGACAAAAGCCAGGAGAGGGGUGGGGAGAGGAGUUGAAGACAAUGAGAGGCGAGGAGUAGGAAAAGGUGGUGGUAUCUCACGACCAUCCCUCACUUUAUGCCCAUUUCUUUUCGAUUCGGAGAGCAGGUCGCACCAAGUGUAAGGCGCACGGGACAUUAGGAUCUUGUGCCCAGCAGGUUGUGCGAACUGAAGCUGAGUUAAUGUUUCUGCCUGGAGGUCAGGCCAAAGUCAGCUUGAGCCCUAGUGGCUGCAGUCGUUAUAGUGAAGUACGCAGGGUCCCCAAGCCCUCACACCUCCUCAGCUGCUGGAGGCCCUGCCCUCAGAGGGAUCAU